AUGACCCUCUUGUUCAAAUGCUUUACCAUGUUGGCUGUUGCGAUUGCUGAUGCCCCCGUGCUCUUGACUCGUCGAUUCAGAUCGUUUGCGAAGGGAAUGAACUUCUCGUCCAUCCCUUGCAGUCGCUUGUCAUCGGGAGUGCCAACCUACGUUGCAGCGAGAUUUGCUGUUUGUUUGGUUGUCUUGAUCCGUGCCAACAGCUGUACUACAUUAUUUUUGGACUCUCCUGCAAAGACAAACUUUAGUCGCCAUCAAGAGUUGGGCUCGAGAGUUGGUCCUGCUGCCAUGAACACCUGGCCUCUAUAA